AUGUCUGUCGCCAUCGUGGUGGGAAUGCUCGGUCUUGCCAACGGCAUUCGUUGUUCGGAAAGCAAUGGCAGUUCGCAGACGUUCUACUGUUACUACGAUUCCGCACUUCACUGCAGUCAAACGCGGUCCGCGCCCGCGCAAAUUCGUGUGUACAGCCCGAAGCGCGAUCAAGUCCUUCCCAACGACACGGUGGCUUUUGUCAUUGCGAAGGCUUACUUCGAGCGGGGCGGCACCAUCCUCCUCGACACUCAACCGCAGCAGUUCUUUCCGAUUCCGGGAGACCCCUCGGACGAGCACUACUUGGACCACGUGCCCGAAUUCAGCCACCCUAUGCUGUUCGCUGUUGGUCGAGUGUGCCCGACGUCGUCUGGUGACAGUGUCGCGUCUCCUGUCCGACGCUUUGAUCUUGCAGUGUCGGAAUACGUCCGCAACAGCACUCAACAUAGCACUGUUGAACUCGCUUGCGACACUUCUACUUUGCGUUGGGCAAACACACCCACGCCCUCCGUCAAUACCGGCGUAGGUGUCCUCGCCGUCGCUAGUGGGGUGACGACAGCUGGGGUGAUGCGGUUCGACCUCCUAUCUUUGGCGUUGAAUGUGUCGCCUUCCGUGGCUGUUGGCGGAGGCACUCUUAACGCAGGGAAUGGCGGCGACGACGCGCCCUCUUUGAAGCGCAAGCGUUUCUCAGCGUACGCCAGUGACGAACGUCGCGCGUCAACCCCCAUCCACGCCUCGCCUCACAGGUCCGAUACGUCUGCCGUUGGUGAUGAGACAAAGCAGCAAAAUGAACCAAGCGCCAAAACUAUUGCCAUUGAAGCAGAGAGCGGGGUAACCAGCAGCACAAACGCAGAGGAUAUCAGCAUUCAAUUCAGAGACGAAUGUAGUAAGUCGCAAGAGGUUCAUUAA